AUGCUGUGGGGGAUAGACGAGCUCCUCACCUACCACUACCUCGUGUCCGAGUACUUCAUGGUCGCGCCUGCGUCCAUGACGCAUGAGGCCUUCUUCAGAUUAUCCAAGCGGGAGCAAGCGGAUGAAGUGUGGCAGGGCCUCUUUAUCAGGCGCUCCCCGAUCUCCGAGGCCUGCCAGGGCGUGCUCACGACGCUGAAGCGCCUCGGCCUGGGCGACAUGAUGGCUGCCCGCGACCUGACUGGCAUCCGAGCCUGGUUCGAUGCCCAGGACCCGGAGGAGCACUGCGAGCGCAUCUUCCGCCUGGCCGGGGUGCGGUAUGCCGUCAUGACAAACAUCCCCUAUGUGCCCGCGGAGGCGGAGCACUGGCGGGCCGUGCCGUCCAAGCCGGUCACUCGUCGCUUCCGCACCGCGCUCCGCAUCGACGCCUUCCUCAAGGGCGACUGGCCCGCUGUCUGCGCGGCGCUGCUCGUCGAGGAGCUCGAGCCGACCUUCGAGGGCGCGCGCGAGUACCUGAGGAGGUGGGCCGGCAUCCUGAAGCCAGAGUACAUGAUGGCCUCAACCCCCGGCGACUGGCACUUCCCCGAGCGGGGCGCCGCGGACGGGGAUGCGCCGCUGCCUGGCGAUGCGAAGAUGCUGGUGCGGGCCUACACGAAGCCCACCCCGACCAUGCUGCUGGAGGAGGUCGUCGCCCCCGUCUGCGAGGAGCUCUCCCUGCCCAUAGCGCUCAAGCUCGGCGCGCUGCGUGGCAUGGCGCCGGCGCUGGACCCGUGCUGCGGGGGCGACGGGGUGGUCGGCUCGGACCUCGGGUCGCUGCAGCGGCUCUGCGCGAGGUUUCCCCGCGUGAAGUUCCUCGCCACGGUGCUGAGCCGCAGCAACCAGCACGAGAUGACCGUGGUCUGUCAGAAGACCAGGAACCUGCACCUGUACGGCUGCUGGUGGUACUGCAACAACCCGUCCAUCAUCGACGAGCUGACGCGCAUGCGUGUGGAGCUGCUCGGUACGGCCUUCACCGCACAGCACUCCGACUGUCGCGUGCUCGAGCAGUUGCUGUACAAGUGGGACCACUCGCGAGAGGUGAUCGGCAACGCUUUGCUGUUCUACUACGAGCGGCUCGUGCGCAGCGGCUGGCGCCUCUCGCGCGACGAGCUCAGGCGAGACGUGUGGAACCUGCUCGGGGGUUCCUACGAGGAGUUCAUGGCGCGUUGA